AUGGCGCCGCCUCCCAAGAACAUGCCAGUACGCCACCCACGAGAGGAAGAAGAAGUCAGUCCACUGGAGCCACCUAACAUUGAAGCUUACGUUCUACCAAGGCUAGAGAUGCGCUUUGAAACUUUCGAAGAAGCAAAGAACUUCUACAAUGUCUAUGCGAAGCACGCGGGUUUUGCUGUCACGGAAGGCCCCAAGUUUAAGACCAGAGCCUACCUUUAUUGCACGUGCUAUGAAGUCUAUGAAUCGAAGGUGUCUGAAGCAAAUAGACAGCAGAACAAGAAUACACCCAGGACUAACUGCGGGGCUAAAAUGAGGCUGAAGAAGGAAAAGGAUGGAACAUUUGUCGUGAAAGAGAUAGUCUGGGAACACAACCACAGGCUACAGCUCACUCCGCAAAUGCUUAUCUUCUUGCACUCCCACAAAAACUUUGACAAAACAAUCUUGGAGUACGUCAAGUACCUGCAGUUCAAAGGCAUUGAACACGCGCAAAUCAUGAGCAUACUGGGCGGUGAUGACCCUAGUAGCUACUUCCUCGAAAUGAAUGCCAAAGACCUGAUUAACCUGAAAGCAAAGAAUUCAAGGAUGGAUGAUGUGGACGAUGUCCUAAAGACUGUCAACUUCUUUAGGGAGAUGAAAGCUAUAAACAGGGAAUUCUUCUGUGACAUGCAACUCGAUGAGUCCGACAGAGUUAAGAACAUAUUGUGGGCGAACACUACAUUCUUUGGUUUCGCCCUGAUAAGAGAUGAGGAUGCAGAUUCAUUCAAAUGGCUGUUCAAGACAUUUUUAAGGUGCAUGAGAGGGAAGGCUCCUACAUGCAUCCUCACAGAUGCUUUCAAGAACACAAUACACAAGUUGUGCCGCUCGCACAUUAUGAAGAAGUACAGGGAACACCUCGCAUACCUGUACUACCUGCACAAAGACUUUAAGGAUGAAUUCACAUCAAUCCUCAACUGGCCCCCUCAUGCCAACUGA